AUGCCCGUCCGUCCAUCUCUGGAAGGGUCAACCUUCGACGCAGACCUGCGAGAUCGCCAUCUGAUCUAUGAUUAUGCGGCGCAAGACGAACAAGGCAAGCCUGAAAAGUGGCGUUAUGAAAUGUGGUUCCAGAAUGAAGACCGCAUCAACUAUGCCAUCCACGGCGGACCCAUGGCGGGGCGAAUCAACUUCCAGGCGGCAGAGUACCAGUGCAUCCGACCCGGAGAGUUAUGGCAGUGUAACUGGCUCGAAGAGACGGGAACGAUGUGUUCCCUCGUGUACGACAUCCCGCAACGACGGAUCACCACCAUGCUGGGAUUCUCCAAGGGACAUUGGGAGAAGGCCAAAGAGGCGCACGGCGAUAAGCGGAACCCGGAAGAUUUUGAGCGGUGGCGUGGACUGGCGAAGAUCGGUAUUCAGACGGAUCGGGUCAUGUUGAGUGAGCAGGCAGAUAUCUUGGAGGAUUUCCGGGGACCAGGCAAUUUGAAGCCGGCCGAUAACAAAUGGCCGACUCUGUGA